AUAACCAUAGACUGUGGUGUUGUAACCUGGAUGCAUUUAAAAAGCGGCAACGUUUUUUUUAACGAAACUAAACUUCACUUACGUUUAAACGGUACUCUUAAAUCGUAAAUAUUGUUCAAUUUCUUCCACAGAAACCAGCAGGUUAAACUGGUUCAUUCCGGUGUUUUGGUCACGGUCAGCGUGUCUCCAGUUGAAGCCAGCAAGCCGACUAGAUGCUUUCCCAGGGCAAGACCGUCUCCUCUCGGCUGCUCAGGCCGUUGUCAAGGCUUCCUCUCUGGCUGGGGUCUGAUGGUAGAGCCGCUAGCUCUCUGCAUAAAGAGUUGAUAAAGAAACAUGACCUGGAGAAAGAUGAGCUGCGCCCCCUCUACAUGGACUUCCAGGCCACCACGCCCAUGGACCCCCGGGUGCUGGACGCCAUGUUGCCCUACCAGGUGAAUUACUAUGGUAACCCUCACUCCAGAACACAUGCCUACGGCUGGGAGAGCGAGAGCGCCAUGGAGACGGCCAGGAAGCAGGUGGCUGAUCUGAUUGGAGCAGAUCCCAGAGAGAUCAUCUUUACCAGUGGAGCCACCGAGUCCAACAACAUGGCCAUCAAGGGCGUAUCCAGGUUCUACCAGACCAAGAAGCGUCAUGUGAUCACCACACAGACAGAGCAUAAAUGCGUUCUUGACUCGUGUCGAGUCCUGGAGUCUGAAGGUUUCAGUGUGACCUACCUGCCAGUCCAGACCAACGGACUGGUGGACCUGGAGCUGUUGGAGGCCUCCAUUCGUCCUGACACCUCUCUGUUGUCAGUGAUGACCAUCAACAACGAGAUAGGAGUCAAGCAGCCAAUCAAGGAGAUCGGUCAGAUUUGUCGUUCCAAAGGAGUCUUCUUCCACACUGACGCCGCUCAGGCUGUCGGAAAGAUUCCCGUCAACGUCACGGACUGGAAGGUUGAUCUAAUGUCCAUCAGUGGCCACAAGAUCUACGGACCCAAAGGUGUGGGUGCUUUGUAUGUUCGCCGUCGGCCCCGGGUGCGUCUGGAGCCGCUGCAGAGCGGGGGUGGGCAGGAAAGGGGUCUGCGCUCCGGAACGGUACCCACCCCUCUGGCUGUUGGGCUGGGAGCCGCUUGCAGCAUUGCACAGCAGGAGUUGGAGUAUGAUCAUCACAGAGUGUCUAUGCUGGCUAAUCGUCUAAUCCAGAAGAUCAUGUCGGAGCUUCCUGACGUCAUCAUGAACGGAGAUCCAGAACAUCGCUACCCUGGCUGUGUCAACCUGUCCUUUGCCUAUGUGGAGGGAGAGAGUCUGUUGAUGGCGCUGAAGGAUGUCGCUCUGUCUUCUGGGAGUGCGUGUACGUCAGCGUCUCUGGAGCCAUCAUACGUCCUCAGAGCGAUCGGAGCAGAUGAAGACCUGGCUCACUCUUCCAUCAGGUUUGGUAUUGGCAGGUUCACCACAGAAGAAGAGGUAGACUACACAGCAGAGAAAUGUAUCCUGCAGGUCUCCAGGCUCCGAGAGAUGAGUCCUCUGUGGGAGAUGGUUCAAGAAGGCAUCGAUCUGAAGAGCAUCAAGUGGACGCAGCACUAGACUCCUCCCACUUCUUCUUCCCUUCCCUGGCUGCCGAUGACAAUGGAUUCCCAGGGAACUCCGGGAACGAACUGGCUGUUCCUUCCUGUACACAAACACGCACAAACUUCCUGCCUGACUUGAAGUCUGUUUGUAACUGUAGCGCUGUGUGUCCAUAGAAGCUCCUCUUGUAUCUCUGUCAGGAGAUGGUUUUCAGAGAUUUGACCAGCACGUUUCAGCCUUUGCUUGUUCAAAGUCAUUCUGUGACACCUAGCUCCUGUAUCACAACGUCAGUUCAUCUUAGUCUGGCUCUUUUUUGGGGUUACCUGGCUUCACUUUCCACUAUCUCUGGGUUUACUAAUCCAGCUCUGAGCAUGUUCAACAGAAAUGGUAAUGACUUCACAUGUAACGUCAACAGCUCCAUGAGUAACAUGAUAUGACAUCAGAUGAAACUGCGGGCAAAUUAUAUUACUGAGGUGGCAAAAAGAAGAGAUUUACAUUGAGGUGAAAUAUAUUGAGCAUUAUUGCACAACUAGAAUAAAAUAAGAUGUUGUAGAUUAAUGUUUAAAUAU